CCGUAUAGUUGGCAUGGAUCAUGUCAGGGUGCACCCCAAGUUCUUGCAUUCAAACGCAACCAGCCAUAAAUGGGCACUGGGAGCUUUUGCUGAACUCCUAGACAAUGCUGUAGAUGAGGUUGGUCAUGGAGCUUCUUGUGUAAGCAUAGAUGUUCUGAAUAACAGCAAAGAUUUCUCUAAGAUGUUGCUAGUUGAAGAUAACGGUGGUGGGAUGACUCCUGACAGGAUGCGGGCAUGCAUGUCUCUUGGAUACUCUGCCAAAAGCAAAAUGGCUAAUACUAUUGGUCAAUAUGGAAAUGGCUUCAAAACUAGUACCAUGAGGCUUGGGGCAGACGUGAUUGUGUUUUCUCGCUGUCGGGGGAAGGAUGGAAAAAGUGUAACACAAAGUAUCGGACUGCUGUCCUACACAUUUUUAACAGCCACUGGAAAGGAAGAUAUAGUGGUUCCAAUGAUUGACUUUGAGAAAGGAGGACGUGGCUGGAACAAGAAAAUACGCUCUUCUCCAAAUGAUUGGGAUAUGAAUUUAAAAACCAUAUUGCAGUGGUCGCCAUUUGCAAGUGAGGAAGAACUUCUGCAGCAGUUUAACUUCCUGAAAGAUCAAGGAACACGUAUCAUCAUCUACAAUCUUUGGGAGGAAGAAGAUGGGCAUCUGGAAUUGGAUUUCUACACUGAUGCACAUGACAUUCAAAUUAGAGGAGACCAUCGAGAUGUUAAUAAUGUAGUAAAGGCAGCAAAAUAUCCGAACUCCAGACAUUUUUUAACUUAUCAACAUUCAUUAAGAAGUUAUGCAUCAAUUCUCUACCUAGAACUUCCACCAGGCUUCAGAAUUAUCUUGCGCGGGAAAGAAGUGGAACACCAUGACCUAGUGAAGGAUAUGAUGCUAGAGCAGGAUAUUUCAUACAAGCCUGUGAAUGUUGCAGAGAGAGUUCAAGAGAAUAAGAAUAUGGCUGCAACCGGGAAAAUUGGGUUUGUGAAGGAUGCUGGCAAUCAUAUUGACAUUCAGGGAUUUAAUGUUUAUCACAAGAAUCGACUUAUCAAGCCUUUUUGGAGGGUGUGGAAUGCCGCUGGAAGUGGUGGUCGUGGGGUAAUAGGUGUAUUGGAAGCAAAUUUUGUUGAGCCUGCUCAUGAUAAACAAGGUUUUGAGCGCACAAGUGUGCUUUCAAGAUUAGAGGCAAAAUUGAUUAAUCUGCAAAAGACUUAUUGGAGGACAAAUUGCCAUAAGAUUGGCUAUGCUGUGAGGAGGCAGUCUAAGAACCUUUCUUCAGACACAAUACAAUCAGCAUGCAAUAAAGACAUACACUCUGCAAGAACGAGUCAGAACGGACGGUACUUCACUGAUGGAAAUAAAAGAUCCUCGCAUGAUAAUGCAAUUUAUCAGAAUGGACAUGGCUCUGAAAGUCGACAGUCCAGAAUGAAAAACGGAUUGAAUUCCUGCAAAAUAUCAGAUGUCGAUGAUGCAAGCGAAGGUGUUGGACAUAAUGCACCCUUUGCUUCCAGGAAAUCUCUGCACGACCCCUUCAAACAUAAAAGCACUCACUUGUUAACCUCUCCUUCAUAUCCAAAGCCUGUUGUCAUCAGCGAGAAUGGCCAAAUUACCACCAAUGGCAACGUGAAGACUUUAUCCAGCUCAAAAGGAGAGGAUCGUGAAUCAAGAAUCUGUGGGACUGAGAAUCAUCUUCUGCAACAUGAAAGGGACAAGUGCCGGGAACUUGAAAGCCAGCUUCAAGAGAGAACAAAUGAGCUUGAGGCAGAAAGAAAGAAAACAGAACUGUUGGAGAAAGAGUUUGAGUGUCUUGUAGUUAUGAUACAGGAAGAAAGGACCAGGCAGACCGAACGAGAGGAUGAAUUAAUGAAGAAGAUUAAGGAUCGAUCCCAAGCUAUCGAGGAUCUAAGAGAGAGGGUGAGACAGCUAGAAGCCAAGGAGCUCCUAUGCUGCAAAAUUGAGAAGAACUGCUACUAAUUAAGCAAUCUUCUUGGACUUCGUUUAGUUAAUUAAUUUAGUUUUAAGUAGUAUAGGUUGUAAAUUAGUGGUACAUAUAUGAUAUGAUAAUUAUAAAAAUAGUUGUGGUAUGUGCAU